GUCAACUACCAUUCAGAAUCUCAGUAUAUCCCCCCCAACCAAAAAAAAAAAAAUUAAAAAAUAUGACUGAUUGGUGAAGCCACUGAAUUCAAUCAUGAACUCUUCUCAUCAGAAAUGGAAGAAUCAGAUCGGAAUCCGUCAUUUUCCGGUGAUGCGUCCGCGUCGACAUCGCGAGAUGAGGAGGAAGUUCCGGUGAUUGACGACGACGAUCGAAGGCCUCCGUUGCCGUUUCUGGAGAGGAAUAGUGUUUUUCACAAUGCGCCGUAUUUCCCGGCGGCCGAUAAUGAGGAAGCCGUGGUGCCGUUGACGAGAGAUGAUACCUGGUCCUGCGUAGUUGUUGUUCUCACUUUCUGGUUCUUCGUAUCUAUGACUUUGAUACUGGGGGUUUAUGGACCAUCCAAUUUGCAGCUUGGACCAAAUUCCUCAAUCCUGAUAAAACCCAAUCCCUUAUUUGUGGAAAAUAUAAAGGUGGAAGAGAUGGAUGAUGCAAACACUAGACCAACGGUGUAUGGGUUUUAUGAAAAUCCGUCUCUUGAUGUUUUAACAAUUUUUUCUGAAGCUUACAAAACCUCUCUUCCUGCAAACACUAACAAGCAAUGGAUAUAUUACUUGAAUCAAGGAUCUCAAAUAAACAUUUCAUAUAGUGUCAAUUCCUCGAGUUCGCAUUCUUUAGUCCUUAUUAUUGCUCAAGGAAGCGAAGGGCUAGCGCAGUGGCUUGAGGACCCAUCAUAUCCAAAUACUACAUUAUCAUGGAAUGUCAUUCAUGGGAAUGGCACAAUCAGCCAGGACAUAGGAAAAUCCUCUAGUUAUUAUGUGGCAGUGGGCAACUUGAACUCUGGAGUUGUGCAGGUUCGUUUGGAUAUUAAAGGUAGGGCUUUGCUCUAUAAUACAACUGGUGCCUACUAUGAGUGCAACCUUAGACGAAAACAGUGUAGUAUGAGAUUCUUUUUGGCCGGUCGAAAUGCUGCUCUUUUGACUUCGCCUCCCCAAAGGCCAGGUACAGCUACUAGUAUGUGGAGUGUCAAACUUUCCUAUGGACCUCGAUGGAUCACGUAUCUUCUUGGAGUAGGUGGUAUGAGUUUUCUCAUUUGGCUGGUAUUCUGGUACUUGAAUAAUAUGCAAUCCACUCGUCAGGAAGGGACUAGAGAUCCAGUGGGGCCGAUGGAAUCUCAGCAGACCCCUCUUCUUUCACGCAAAGAUGAUGAUCUCACAAGCUGGGGUUCUUCUUAUGAUGGUCUUUCACAAGAGGACGAGUAUAAUGAAGAUGGACUGGACCUCACUGCACCUCAGGGGAAACAAGUAAAAGAUGGUGAAUACAACAGCAAUAUUCGCCGUCUUUGUGCAAUUUGUUUUGAUGCGCCAAGGGACUGCUUCUUUCUUCCAUGCGGACACUAUGCGUCCUGUUUUGAAUGUGGAACAAGGAUAGCAGAAGCUGCUGGUACUUGCCCAAUCUGUCGCAGGCCUAUGAAGAAGGUGAGAAAGAUAUACUCAGUUUGAGCAGCCAAGAGAAAACUGUUGUAGAUACAAUGUACGUAGAUCAUGGAUAUACCAUGUACUCCUUCCAGUGAAUUAGUCUUUGAAGAUGCUGUAAAUGAAAUAGUUCACAGUGUUGGUAGGCCAAUCUAUUUCUUUUUAUGUGAAUAACUAAGAGCAUGUGUAGCGGGCAGCACAUAUGUAUGAUGUGAUGCCCUUUUCCUUCUGUUGCCAUCUCUUUUGGUAUAGCGGGCAGCACAUAAUGUAUUCUUCUGUAGCAUGUAUUUGAAUUCUUUUUCCCCUAGAUGUUUGGUUCUUUACAUUGGUUUACUUUUCCAAAUAGCAAUCACACUAUCAUGUACUUGAAAACA